AGUACCCUUUCAAGAUACAUAAUCAUUUUCCCACCAUACUUUUUUCACUUUCACAAAAUAAAUAAUAAUUCAUUCAUUCACCCGUGCUAUGCUUUAUUUCUGUCAAUUGUUCAUCCGUGAGUCAUUGUCUAAUAAUGUCUAUAUCUUCUUCCCUUUCCCUUGCACACAAAUUCUUUGUUUCUUGCUAAUAUAUAUAAACUUGUUUUCUACUGCACUACUUUGUUUUCUACUGCACUACCUAUAUAUAUACAUAGAUUCUCUAAUUCACAUGUCUAUAUCUUGCGGCAUAUCUUUCUAAUUUGUUUCAAUUAUCAACUCCAAAGCAAACUCUUCAACUCUUACUUAUGUUUUUGGAUUUUUCUCUUUUUCUUUGCUUACAAUUCAAUUAUCUUCGGUUAUAUAUUUCUUGGUUGGUUUCCAUUUCAUUUUACCUCUACCUUAAUUCAGCUUGGUUCUCUGGUGACUGGUGACGAAAGAUGAAGGCUUUUGUGUGUUUGUUGAUGGUCCUUAUGGUGUGUGGUUGUGCUGCUGUUAUCAAAGAAUGCACAAACAGUCCGACUCAAUCACAUACGCUUCGGUACGAGUUGUUGGCAUCAAAGAAUGGGACAUGGAAGAAAGAAGUGAUGUCUCAUUAUCAUUUGACACCAACUGAUGAAUCAGCUUGGGUAGACUUGCUUCCAAGGAAGUUCUUAUCAGAAGAACAAAAAAAUGAUUGGGCUGUUAUGUAUAGAAAAAUUAAGAAUAUGGGUGUUUUUAAGCCACCUGUUGGAUUUCUCAAAGAAGUGCCUCUUGAGGAUGUGAGGUUGCUGGAAGGUUCAAUUCAUGCUGUGGCACAGCAGACUAAUUUGGAGUAUCUAUUGAUGUUAGAUGUUGAUCGGUUGCUUUGGAGCUUCAGGAAGAUGGCUGGUUUACCAACUCCUGGUACGCCUUAUGGAGGAUGGGAGGCAACUAAUGUGGAACUCAGAGGACAUUUUGUUGGGCAUUACUUGAGUGCAUCAGCUCUAAUGUGGGCCAGCACAAAGAAUGAUAGCCUGAAGGGGAAAAUGACAGCUCUUGUUGCUGGUCUGUCCGCCUGUCAAGAGAAAAUUGGAACGGGAUAUCUAUCUGCAUUUCCGCCCGAAUUGUUCGACCGAUUUGAAGAUGUUAAACCUGUGUGGGCUCCAUAUUACACCAUUCACAAGAUCUUGGCCGGCUUGUUGGAUCAAUAUACUAUAGGUGGAAACCCUCAAGCUCUAAAAAUGGUGACAUUGAUGGUCGAUUACUUUUACAACCGAGUGAUGAAUGUAAUAUCACAGUACACUGUAACUAGACAUUAUCAAUCACUGAAUGAGGAAACUGGAGGAAUGAAUGAUGUCCUUUACAGAUUAUAUAUCUUAACGGGGGAUUCAAAGCAUCUAUUGUUGGCACACCUUUUCGACAAGCCGUGCUUUUUAGGGUUGCUUGCAGUACAGGCUAAUGACAUAUCUGAUUUUCAUGCUAAUACACAUAUCCCAAUUGUUGUUGGAGCUCAAAUGCGGUAUGAAGUCACGGGUGAUCCGCUUUAUAAGGAAAUUGGGACGUUCUUUAUGGACCUUGUAAACUCUUCUCACAGUUAUGCAACUGGAGGGACAUCAGUCAGUGAAUUCUGGAGUAAUCCAAAGAGAAUAGCAGACAACCUAAAAUCAGUUGAGACUGAAGAAUCUUGCACAACAUAUAAUAUGUUGAAGGUUUCACGGCACCUGUUCAGAUGGACCAAGGAAGUCACUUAUGCAGAUUAUUACGAGCGCGCCUUAACGAAUGGUGUACUCGGCAUUCAAAGAGGAACAGAUCCUGGAGUGAUGAUUUAUAUGCUUCCUCUAGGUGUUGGGGUUUCCAAAGCUAUAACUUACCAUCACUGGGGAACACCAUUUGAUUCUUUCUGGUGCUGCUAUGGAACAGGAAUUGAAUCAUUCUCAAAGCUGGGAGAUUCUAUCUAUUUUGAGGAGGAAGGGAAUAGUCCUAGUCUAUACAUCAUUCAGUACAUAUCAAGUUCAUUUAAUUGGAAAUCUGGGAAAGUUUUGCUCACUCAGACAGUUGUUCCAGCUUCUUCGUCGGACCCGUACCUACGAGUUACGUUUACCUUCUCUCCUAAUGAGAAAACUGGUACUUCGUCAACGUUGAACUUUCGUCUACCAUCUUGGACUCACGCUGAUGGUGCAAAGGCGAUAUUGAAUGCUGAAAGUUUAUCUCUUCCAGCUCCAGGGAAUUUCUUGUCAAUUACACGACAGUGGAGUGCCAGUGACAAGCUGACCCUUCAGUUUCCUAUUACCAUCAGAACAGAAGCCAUAAAAGAUGAAAGACCUGAAUAUGCAUCUGUUCAAGCAAUUCUUUACGGACCAUAUCUACUCGCCGGUCAUACCACUAGCAAUUGGGACAUUAAAGCCGGAACCGAUUGGAUUACUCCGAUUCCUUCCAGUUACAAUAGUCAACUAGUUUCAUUUUCACAAGACUUUCAAAAUUCAACUUUUGUUAUAACAAACUCAAAUCAAUCACUCACAUUGCAAAAAUUACCGGAACCGGGAACCGAUAUCGCUCUUUAUGCUACCUUUAGACUUAUCCCAAAAGAUGCUAGCAGUAAAUCAGUGUUAAUAGAACCGUUCCAUCUUCCUGGAACGAUUAUAAGUCACCAAGAACCAGACCAACCUCUUACAGUUGUUGAUUCUUCCAAAGGCGGACCUUCUUCUGUAUUUCUCGUGGUACCUGGAUUAGACGGACGGGACCAAACAAUAUCUUUACAAUCACAAAGCAAUAAAGAUUGUUACGUGCAUAGCGAUAUGAGCUCUGGUUCAGGAGUUAAGCUAAGCUGCAAGUCUAAUUCUGAAGCUGGUUUUAACCAAGCAACAAGCUUUGUUGCUGGGAAAGGAUUAAGGCAAUACAAUCCUAUUAGUUUUGUGGCUAAAGGUGGAAACCAGAAUUUUCUUUUAGAGCCAUUGUUCAACUUCAGGGAUGAGCACUAUACAGUUUACUUCAACAUUCAAGAUUGAUACAAACUUUGUAUUAUUCUAUUGGUUUGAAAUAAACAUUAUAUGUAAGUUUCGCCUACAAAAGUUCGAAUAAUGAAAAUUUCGUUGUAGAAAGAUUAGCAGAUGAAUUUAUAGUAGAUUGUAUAUGGAUUGUUAUUAUAAUCUAAUUCAAAUAUUUAUUUUAAACUAAGUUCUCAAAUCAUACUUUUGUGUACAUGUUAUUAAUCACAUGUUUUGUUCUGUAUCUUUAUAUCUCUACAACUACACAAAUGCAAACCAACAAAUAGUAAAAAAAGACAAGUGUCAUCCUAUAAGCAACUCCACAUAGGAUUUUACCUUUCAUGUUUAGACAAAAAUUUAUCCUCAUUUAGGCAAAGUUUUCAAAUUUGAUCAUGGAGGGAAAAAAUGUGUGAAGAAUUGAUCAAAGGGCCACACAAUUGGGUCGAAAUUGCAAGGCCCGUUUCAUUUAAGCCCAAAACGGACAAAAAAAAAAUUUGCUGGCAGAAGAAACCAUUGAGACGUCGUUUUCUUCCUCUGCUUUGUUUCCUUCUUUUGCCUAAGGUCACUUUCAUUUGCAGACAGUUGGAAUCAAAUUCAAAAUUCAAUUUCUCCCUCUCUUUCAAUAUCUAAACUCACAUUUUUACUCAUCUCUCUCCAUCUUCUCUUAACUCCUGGAACUUCUUCUCUCUCUCCAUGACUAAAAAGGGUCAAGCUUCCUCUCUACACACAAAUUUUCGGAUUCAUUCAUUUCCCCAUCUCUUUUGACAAACCCAGCGAUGAGAACGAAUGAUGAAGUAAGGGAUUCUGCUAAUGAAUUUGAGAAAAGUUGUGGUUAGAUGAUUUUUUGAAGUUUAUGGAGCAAGUCCAUGUGCAUCUACAUUAUUGUCAGAGUAGUUAUUUGAGUAGUAGAAGUGAGAGAUGAUGACGGAGUUUGAAUGGUCACAUUUAGGUUCACAAACCGAGCGACGACAAAGAUCGAUGAAGCAGAGCACACGACUGCAGCGAAGAUAUUGCCGCUCAUGAAUUUGAGGAAAAGUUUGUAAUCUUGAGGAAAGAGUACAAAAGGUUGGGACAAGCACAUGACAAUAAAGAAAAUGGAGAGGGAGGAUCACCAUCCUCUGUGUGACGGUUCCAUUUCAUCCUCUCAUAUUUGGAGUUUCUAUGUUUUCCUUAUGUUUGUUGAAGGUUCAGAACUACUUCGACAUAAUCACCGCACCAGUCUUUUUUGCCACCAUUCGUGAUCUUCUCUUCAAAUAUGGCAGGAGCAAGAAAGGUUUACCAUGAAGAGGUUGAACUUCUUGGGAGAUGACCAAGUUUUUAUGUGGUGGCUUAUAUGAUAUCUCAAUAGGAUAUAUCUUCUCUUUAAAUUCAUAUAUCAUGUUGUAUAAUUAAGGGGAAAAUUACAAUGACAUCGCCUAAAUUCUAUUGUAAUAGACACAAACCUCCCCUAAAGUCUAUUGAAUAGACAAACACCUCCCCUCUAAACUUACACCGUUUAUUAAUCUGUUAAUUUUAUUAUGAUGAUAA